AUGCGUCUCUCACCAUGUCUCGUCCUUGCAGGUCUGUCAAUGGGCGUGAACGCCUUCUAUCCAUUUGAGAUCAAGCUUGACUCGCCAGCGAGUGUCUCGACAUUGGAGACACUGCAACGUCGAUUUUUACCCUGGACCCUCCAACCGGAUGACUCCACGAAAGACAACACGGACGCCAAGCCAUUGACCCUCAGCAUCACAAAGCUCCCCGUCCGCCGUGAUGAUUCCUACACCAUUGUUGAGGCCAAUACUCCGACUCUACCCAACAGUGCCCCACUGGAUCAAAAUGGAAACGAUUACUCCUAUUUCUCAAUGGUGGAAGUUGGGUCGCAGAAAGAACAAAUGUGGUUGGCCCUUGAUACUGGAUCCCCAAGUACCUGGGUAUUUGGUUCCGACUGCACGGACUCGGUGUGCACACGCCACAACACCUUCGACACAGAUAACUCAACCAGCUACACCUCGAACAGCUCGUCUAUCACUGUUGGUUAUGGAAGCGGUACCAUCAAGGGUGGCUUGGGUCAAGACAAACUGUCAAUUGCGGACAUGGAUGUCACCCUUACAUUUGGACAAGCCACCUCGGCAACAUCGGCCUUUGCAAACUAUCCUAUAGACGGAAUUCUUGGACUGGGCCGAUCAGGAACUGCGGGAUGGACGAUUCCCUCAUUCAUGGAUGCCGUCGCACAGGCUGGCUAUCUCUCCUCUAAUAUUGUUGGGUUCAGUCUAUCGCGCGCUGCAGAUGAUGCGAGAACUGGCGAGGUCAACUUUGGACGACUUGAUACUACCAAAUUCAACGGCAACAUCAGCUAUACCGCUACCGACUCAGACAUAUGGUCCAUUCCCCUGGGCGAUGCCUACGUGAAUGGCAAGGCGUGCGGCUUCUCAGGCAAAUCCGCUACCAUCGAUACUGGCACCACGUAUAUCCUGAUCCCACCUGCGGAUGCAGCAACAUUGUUCGCCAAAGUUCCCGGUUCCGUGAAAUCGGGUGACAAUUAUAUCAUUCCGUGCAACUCCACCACAUCAAUUGAGUUUGAAUUUUCUGGUAUCAAGUACUCUAUCUCGCCUGAGGAUUAUAUUGGUGGCUCAAGUACAGAUGGUUGUGCGUCGACUAUUGUGGGCUAUCAAUCCUCCGGAGUCGACCACUGGCUCGUUGGUGAUGUUUUCCUGAAAAACGUGUACUCGGUCUUUGAUUUCGACAAUGCCCAGAUUGGCUUUGGAACGCUGGAUAACGCCACUGCCACUGGGAAUGGGACUUAUAAGGUCCCUUCAAGUGUCACUACGAUUGCAGGCUCUGCCGCCACCGGAAAAAGUACUGCUACUGCCGCUGCAGCGGCUUCAACAACGUCCAUGACAUCUCUCAACUCAGGAUCUCACUUUUCGGUCACAGUUGUACCUUCGCUCUUGGUAAUAAUCGCCGCCAUCUUUGUUUAA